AUGGCCGAGGAUUGGGAUCUUUACGCCGUCUUAAGGAGUUGUAAGACGGCAGCUGCCGAUACCAGUAGAUACGCCGCCGUGGAAAGAAGCGGCAGCGACAACAAGAACGAUCGGAAUUGCGGUAGUUUCAGGGAAGAUCCUUUGGCUUGCUUAGCGUCGUUGACGUUCGAGGAAGAAGACGACCCGUUUACAUUUAAAAUCGGUUCCCUGCAUGAUUCUUACAAGCCCUUUUUGACGAAAGUCGACCCCACCACUAAUCAAGGCAUGGAUCCAUGUUCUUCGAGUUCUGUCCACGGAGGAUCUAGUGGCCAACUUCAUCAUCAUCACCACCACCACCACCACCAUAGGCUGCAACAACACCAGCAAGAACCGCAGACAACCACAACCGUCGGGGUAGGCUCCCCCUUGACUCCAACCUCCGCUCCUAUGUUCUCUUUCGGCGGCUUCGGGAAUCAGCAGCAACCACCGUCGCAGCAGCUUCAACAACGAGUUCAAUCACAGGCUCAGACUCCAAGAUCAAGAAAGAGGAAGAAUCAGAUGAAGAGAACCGUGUGCCAUGUAACCGGAGAUAAUUUGUCAUCGGAUCCUUGGGCAUGGCGUAAAUACGGGCAGAAACCGAUAAAAGGCUCUACGUAUCCAAGGAACUACUACAGAUGCAGUAGCUCGAAAGGGUGUUCGGCGAGGAAACAAUUGGAGCGUAGCAAUACGGAUCCCAACGUCUUCAUCGUUACCUACAACGGCGAACACACGCACCCCAAGCCUACUCACCGUAACUCUCUAGCCGGAAGCACUCGGAACAAGGUUUCAACCAUUCAAAAUACCGCUGCCACCACCAUCACCGCCAAAGAUUCCGCCGCGGAAACCAUGCAUGCUGCUUGCUCCUCUCCUCGCUCCGCCACGAGCCUCUCUCCCACGACCCCACUUUCGGCGCCCGAAGACGCUGCUGCCUCCGUGCACAACCCCGGUGAGGAUGAAAGCGUUGGCAUGGCUCUUGGAAGUGAAAGCGAUUAUUAUGACGACGAUCUUUUGAUCCCCAACGUGCAUGUAGAUGAAGAUCUCUUUGAGGGUUUGGAAGAACUCGUUGGAAGUGCUGGUAGUGGAAUAGGAUGA